AUGGCUGCUUAUGAUCUCAAUCCUGUUUCUUGUCUGGUCUGCCUCCCUUUACCGUUGACACAUUUGCCUAUUGAACAGCUAUCUAACUCGACCUUGAGUCAAUAUGGGCAGGUAGCUGCCCCCUCACAACAAUCAAUGCUACUGCUGUCUAACUGGGGACUGCCCAAAUCUGUUCUGGAGAAGUAUCAGAGCAUGGGAGUAGUGAGCAUUUUUGAAUGGCAAGCUGAGUGUCUUACUCAAAAUCAUGUGUUAGAGGGACGAAACUUGGUCUAUUCAGCCCCUACCAGUGCCGGAAAGACACUCGUUGCAGAAUUGCUCAUUUUAAAAAGAGUUCUGGAAAACCGAAAGAAAGCAUUGUUCAUCUUGCCAUUUGUUUCUGUGGCAAAGGAGAAAAUGUAUUACCUGCAGAACUUAUUUCAAGAGGCUAUGGUGAGAGUGGAAGGAUAUAUGGGGAGCACAUCACCUGCUGGGGGCUUUUCAUCGCUGGAUAUAGCUGUGUGUACAAUUGAGAAAGCAAAUGGGCUCCUCAACCGAAUUAUUGAGGAGGAUAAAAUGGACCAGAUUGGUAUUGUAGUAGUGGAUGAGUUACAUAUGUUGGGGGAUUCGCAUAGGGGAUACUUGUUGGAACUUCUCUUAACCAAAAUACUGUUUGUUACUCAAAAGAGUGCAAAGAGGUAUAAGGCUGCAGCAAAAGGACAGAGGCUAAUUGAUGGAGUACAGAUUGUAGGGAUGAGUGCCACUCUUCCAAACUUGGGUAUCGUAGCAACCUGGUUAGAUGCAGAGCUGUAUUGUACUGAUUUCAGGCCUGUACCUCUAUUGGAAUUAGUAAAAGUUGGCAACACAAUUUAUGAUUCAGAAAUGAAAGUGGUGCGUGAAUUUCAACCUGCUGUUCAGAUUAAGGGUGAUGAGGAUAAUAUUGUGAGCCUUUGCUACGAGACUGUGCAGAAUGGUCACUCUGUCCUACUGUUCUGUCCUUCCAAGAAUUGGUGUGAAAAGCUGUCUGAUACUAUAGCCAGAGAAUUCUAUCAUCUCCACCACAUGACAAGCACUGAAGGAUUUGUAAAAGCAUCCAAAUUGCUCCCUUUCACCCUACACAGGGAUGAACUCCAAGAGACAGUGGAUCAGCUAAAGCGCGCUCCAGCUGGGCUUGAUGCAGUGCUAGGCCGCACCGUACCUCAGGGAGUGGCCUUUCAUCAUGCUGGAUUGACUUUUGAUGAAAGGGAUAUCAUUGAGGGGGCAUUUCGCCAAGGUUUAAUUCGUGUUCUUGUGGCUACUUCCACCCUCUCCUCUGGUGUAAAUCUUCCAGCUCGGCGUGUGAUUAUUAGAUCGCCGAUGUUUAAUGGGCGGCUUCUUGAUGUUAUCACUUACAAACAGAUGUCUGGGAGAGCUGGAAGGAAAGGAGUGGACACAAUGGGUGAAAGUAUACUGGUGUGUAAGAAUGCAGAGAAGGCAAAAGGAAUAAGCCUGAUACAGGGCUGUCUUAAACCCAUUCGUAGCUGUCUCAUGAAGAAGGAAGGAGAGGGUGUCACUACCAGUAUGAUCCGAGCUAUCCUUGAGAUAAUAGUAGGCGGUGUUGCCAGUACCCCAGAAGAUGUCCGUGUGUAUGCCUCAUGCACACUGCUGGCUGCCAGUGUACAAGGAACUGAGGUAACAUCAAUCCAGGGCAAUGCUAUUGAGGACUCUAUACAGUACCUAAUGGAGAAUGAGCUUAUUCAAAUACUGGAAGAGGACCAGGAAGGAGAGAAAACUCAACUGUAUCGACCCACACAGUUAGGAGCAGCCACUCUUGCUUCAUCCCUGUCUCCUCCAGAUGCAUUGAGAAUCUUUGCUGACUUACAGAAAGCAAUGAAAGGAUUCGUUUUGGAGAAUGAUCUUCAUAUUCUCUAUCAGAUCACACCAGUCUAUGAAGAAUGGAUAACCAUUGACUGGUAUCAAUUCUUCUGCUUGUGGGAGAAGUUGUCAGCCUCAAUGAAGAGAGUAGCAGAACUAGUUGGAAUUGAGGAAGGUUUCUUGGCUCGAUCAAUUCGGGGGAAACUUAUUCCCAAGACGGACAAGCAGCACAGACAAAUGGCUAUUCACAGAAGAUUUUUUACUAGCCUUGUGUUACUCGAUCUAAUCAAUGAAGUUCCUCUUGGAAUUGUUGCAAAGAAAUAUCACUGCAAUCGAGGACAGCUUCAAUCUCUGCAGCAGUCUGCAGCAACCUAUGCAGGUAUGAUAACAGCAUUUACUAAUCGACUCGGUUGGCAUAAUAUGGAGCUGCUACUGUCACAGUUUCAAAGCCGUCUUAGUUUUGGUGUUCAGCGACAACUUUGUGAUCUGGUGCGGAUUUCUUUGCUGAAUGCACAGCGUGCUCGAGCCUUGUAUGAUGCUGGAUUUGGCACUGUAUCUGAGCUGGCACAGGGGAACCCUGCUGAUGUAGAAACUGCUCUGAGAAAAGCUGUCCCAUUUAAAAGUUCCAGGAGAGCAGUUGAUGAGAGUGAAUGUGAAGCUCUAGAGCGCAGGAAAACACGAUGUAUCUGGGUGAGUGGAAGGAAAGGACUAACUGAAAGAGAUGCUGCUAUCCUGGUUGUGGAAGAGGCCAGGAAUCUUCUUCAACAAGAUCUGGCUUCAAUGGGUAUUGAAUGGACCCCUGACCAGUUGCUAACUGUGAUACAGCAGGAGCCUUCCCUGGCAGCUGCUGCGCCUGAGAAUGGUCUGGAAUAUGAUAAUGCUGCACCCUUAAAUCCGAAUUCAGUAGCACCUGAAAAAAGCCAUGGAGUUCCAGACAUUUCAGUCACUGACUCAUUGGAACAUAUUGCUACCAAGACUGAAGUGUGUUAUGACAAGAAUGCAGAAAACCUGGAUUCUAGUUACAGUAGGGAAUCCACUAACAAGCAACCACCAAAUGGUCUUACCGAGGAAAAUAUAGGAUCAGUUGACAGGCAAUGUAAGAUGACUGUGGAGAAUUUGAAUCUAUCAAAAGUUCGGCAGCAUUUUUUCAAUGACAUACCAUCUGUAAAAACCGUUAUCAAUGCAAAUAAUUCCUUUCUGGUGACUAAUGACAAAACAAGUGUUGGAGACGCUAAAAAUAAGAAGAAUGUUGGAGAAAAUACAGCUCAAACCGUGCACCACAUUUGGGCUGACAGCAAUGCCAUUGAUGCUGUAAAUCACAAAGUACAUGGGCAUCCAGUAACUAUUAGUGAGGAAAAUAAUACGCAUGACCUAAAUGUUGCUGAAGGCAAGUCUUCUGUGAUGCGUUCUGUCACAGGAGUAUUUGAUGAGAGCUUUCAGUUGGAUUCACAGAUUGAAAAGAUUAUAGAGCAAGCUACUGCCGCUGAGUUGUUGCCCAAUUGUGAAGAUCAGCAAGAUACUAAAAGGUCUAAACUAGCCGGCAAGUUCAGGCCAGAAAGUGGUGAGAGCCUAGUUACUGUUGGAACUAGUGCAAAGCAAUCCAGCAGUAACACUUCAAAUGGAAAUGAGGUAUCAAAACAUAAGUCUGCAGCAAGUGAGAAAACACUUCAACUAGCACAUCCUAGUUUUUCUGAUGGUCAUAUGCGAAGCUCUGGAGAGUUUUCCAAUUUAAUUAAAUCCAUAACAGGAUCACCUAAUAGUCUUCCAGCUCCAUCAUCUGAAACAGGUCCCUCUUCAUUGAAAGCCAAUGAUUUUUCUUUAACUGAUACCCAGCUGCAGAAUUUCAUGCUAGAUUAUAAGACCCCAGCUUCUAUUGAAGAAAGUGUCCCAGCUGUUACAGUUCAAAAAUUAAAUAGCAUACUGGAUAUUCCAAGUUGCAAUGAAGGAGAGCUCCGGUUACAAGAGCUUUGUGUCCAUUCCAGUACUGAUUAUGAGACAAAUCUGAAUAUCAGUGAUAGCUUAUUUGAUAGUUUUACAGAAGUUUCCUCCAGUGAUGAUAUGUAUGCACAGAUAUUUCCACCUGGCCAGCAACCUCUACCUAAAACUGAUAUGAACCUGGAAAAUCAGCCUUCCCAUAGGCCGGUAAUAAACGACGGAAUACCGGAUCAGAAUAACAUACAGAAAACUGUUGCUGAAGCUCCUGAAAAAUAUUUAAAUUGGAAUGAGUUGUCCUUCAAUCUCUCUGAUUUUAGAGAUUCCUACCAAAAUGGCAAUUCUGACAAUUAUUGCCUAGGGGGCUUAAGGAUGUACAAUCUGGACAAUGAUACAUCUGACAUUGCCGAGAGUUUAGGUUUACGAGAACAGGAGAAGAUGAAUAGUCAGAUAGAAAAUGGCAAACCACAUCAGGGCACAUUAAAUAAAGGGUUACCUGACUGUUUGGUGGAAAGUAAGGUGGCAGAUAACAGGAAAUGGAUGCAGUCAGACGCUCAACUUGAUCGAAGUCCAGAGAUAAAUGAGCUACUAAAUCAAUUGCCAGCUCCUUUGGAUCAGAAAUAUUCAAGUGUAAAUGGACAAACCAAUGAUCAGGAGAAGGACCACUGUUUGAGAAAUCUCUCGGAAAUGUAUGGUUUUCUGAACUAUGCAGCACAAACAUCUGAAACUCCAAAUCCACAGCAUGUGCUGGUGUUAUGUCAGACAGAGAAGGCAACUAAUAAGGUUUCACUAAAUCAGGGCCGAAAAACAGACGCAAGUAACCAGUCAUCACUUUUAGAAAUGGAAAAGCUGCCAGGGUCCAGACCAGACAGUCGGAAUGAAGUUCCUCCAACACCACCCAAUGAACCUGUGACUCCCAGAAUCAAAACCUCUUUGACUGCAGUGACAGGUGAAAAGUGCCAAAAACGAUCUUUACCAUCAACAACAUAUGUUUGUUCUUUUCAUCAUUCUGAUUUUGGGAGAGAAGAAACAGGAAGUUCCCAAUCACAUUAUGUUAACUGUAGUCCUGUGAUGAAUGGUAAUGAUGAUGUUGAUGGCUCUUUCGUAGGGGAAGGGUUUUCACUUCAGCUCUCACAAGACCACUUAUCACCACCGCCCAGCUCUUGCAGUGCAGAAACAUUCAACAUUAUUGAUGUGGCGAGUAGCCGAGCCCUAUUCCAGACAUUUAUAAAGGAGUGGAAAAUGAAACCAAGAUUCUCACUCUCAGCUGCUUGUGAGAAAAAGGUACACGUUUUGUCACCCAGCUCCGAGAUAGGUGGCAGGUUUAAGCAAGACAAGACUGCUGCAAAAGUUCAGGCCAAGACAAAUGGAUUUGAAGUGAGCAGCCGCAAAGGCCUUGUUGUAGUGGGUUUGUGCGUGUCAUGGGGAGGGAAGGAUGCUUACUACAUCUCAUUGCAGGAGACUCAGGAAAUUACUGGUGAUUUAAGCAACAGUUUGGCUCCUCCACCUCUAGACCCUGAGCUGUCUGUGAAAGAAAGGCUUCUUUAUAUACGUUCAUGUUUACAGCAAGAUGCGACAGCUGAUGGACAGCGCUUUGUUAUUACUUAUGACUUCAAGCAACACUACAAAACUCUCGUUGAGGCUUGCAACAUCUCCAUGGAAGGCAUCUAUGAAGAUCCAAAGGUAGCAUGUUGGCUGCUAGAUCCUGGAUCCAAAGAGAGAACAAUUCAUAACAUGGUGACCAAUUUUCUCCCCCAGCAGCUUUCAUUACUGGAAGGUGUAAGCACCAGCCACGGUAUUCAGAGUCUUGGGCUGGGUGCAAACAGUGACAUCUCUGGGCGGACCAGAGCCUCCAUAGAGUCAGUACUGGUCUACAAUAUAAUGAAUCAACUUCAUUUGCUGCUUAAGAAAGAAAAUAUGCAAGAUACGUUUUGGAAUGUUGAAAUGAAGACUCAAUAUUGCUUGGCCUUGCUGGAGAUGAAUGGAAUAGGAUUCAGUACAGCUGAAUGUGAGAACCAGAAAUGUCUAAUGCAGGCUAAGCUAGCUUUCAUAGAGACACAGGCUUACCAGCUGGUAGGCCACAGCUUCUCUCUGACCAGUCCUGAUGAUAUUGCUGAGGUUCUGUUUUUGGAGCUCAAACUUCCUCCCAAUGGGGAUACCAAUACUAACGGCAAGAAGACACUUGGUUCCACAAGGAGAACAGCAGUUACAGGAGGGUGUCGCAGGCUGGCCAAACAGUUCAGCACAAAUAAGGAAGUAUUGGAGAAAUUAAAGCCACUUCAUCCUUUGCCAGGCUUAGUCUUGGAAUGGAGGAGAAUUACUAAUGCAAUGUCCAAAGUGGUAUUUCCCCUGCAGCGAGAGAAGCACCUGCAUCCUCAGUUGGGAAUGGAGAGGAUCUACUCUAUUUCUCAGACGCAUAGUGCAACAGGUCGAAUCAGCUUUAUGGAGCCAAAUCUGCAAAAUGUGCCAAAGGAUUUUGAAAUUGAAAUGCCAACAGUGAUCAGAGAGAGUCCCCCCUCUCAGGGAACAAGCAAAUCAGCUAUUUCAACAAGAUUCAGGAAAAGGAGGGUUCAUGGUACGAUGACGUCUUCCCGACAGGUUAUGUUGGAUGAUGGAAAGACUGCAGUUAGCAUAAGACAUGCUUUUAUUCCAUUUUCAGGUGGCCUCAUUCUGGCAGCAGAUUAUUCCCAGUUGGAGCUACGAAUUCUGGCUCAUCUUUCCAAGGAUAAGAGCCUUAUUCAAGUUCUAAAUAGUGGAGAAGAUGUGUUCAAGAGCAUUGCUGCAGAAUGGAAAAUGGUAGAUCCAGCAGUGGUCAAUGAUAAACUGAGACAACAGGCCAAGCAGAUCUGUUAUGGGAUCAUUUAUGGAAUUGGAGCCAAGUCUCUUGGUGAGCAAAUGGGCCUGGAUGAGAAUGAUGCAGGUUGUUACCUAGAAACAUUCAAAUCUCGAUAUACAGGAAUUCGGACAUUUCUGCAUGAAACAGUAAAAAGUUGUCAGGAAAAUGGAUUUGUGCAAACAAUUCUUGGCCGGAAACGGUAUCUUCCAGCAGUAAAGGAUCCCAAUCCUCAUGUUAAAGCUCACGCUCAACGUCAAGCAGUGAACACCACAGUUCAAGGAUCAGCGGCUGAUCUGGUAAAAAUAGCAACUGUUAAUGUUCAGAAACGAUUGGAGGAAGCCUUUCCAUCUGUUGCUAAAUCACAUGGUCACUGGAAAAGCAAGUUUCAGGAAGACAAAAAAAUGGAUAUGAAUCAAAGGAAAAAAUGGCAGGAAAUAUACCAACCAAACCGUGGAGGUUUUUUCAUUUUACAGCUUCAUGACGAACUGCUUUAUGAAGUAGCAGAGAAUGACAUGAUACAGAUUGCUCAGAUUCUGAAAAGUGAAAUGGAAAAUGCCAUGAAGCUGCUGGUGAAACUUUGUGUCAAAGUAAAGAUUGGUCCUAGUUGGGGGAACCUUCAAGAUUUGGACCUGUAGUGAAGAAUUUGCCAGAUUUGAAAAUUUGGACUACUUCCUUGAGUAUUUAUUUUGUAGUUGGAUACAUGGCUCAUAACUGGUGCUAUUUAAUAUUCAGCAUAAAAAAUGAAAGAGUUAUUUAUAAGUUUACUUCAAAUGUGAACAUCUUGUUCAAUAAAUCAAAGCUGAAACAUUCAGCUCUCAGUCAAUUGCUGAUAUUUGAGUUGAAACAUAAUAUUAAUCAAGUUAACCUAAAUAUUUUACCAUUGGGAUUUGGAGAAUACUUUACAAAAACACAUCUAUUUAUUUGUAUAAAAUUAAAUGAAUUUGAAUGUAGUGUUCUUGGAUGAAUUCAGUGGAGACUGUUUAACAGGGAUGUUCUAAAAUAAAAACUAUUUCUAUGCCAGGAAAUUCUCGAAUGUCCCAGCUGUUGUCUCGGCUUCGUGUCAUGUAAUUAAUGAAAAGUAACUUUUGAAGAGACAGACAUUUUAUAUCUCCUACAGAAUACACAGUGGUGUCUCAUAUCUAUUUAAAUACCAGUUUUUCACUUUUGGAACAAUAUAUAGAAUGAGAGCUUUGAAUAAAUGUGGUUUGUCUCAAUUUCUUUGUGGGAGAGAAAAUCUGAUGCACAGAAUAUCAUGCAAACACCACCAUUGCUGCUUUAUACUUGGAGUUAUGCUUUUGGUUAUAAAGUGAACUGAUUAACUAGUUUUAUCCUCUUUGAAUUAUUCUCACAUUGUAACUUACUCCAACCAUUGGUGUGAUUAAGAAUUGGUAAACUCAUACCAAAGAACUGAGUGUUACUUUGGACAGGAGUAUCAGACACCGUACCUCUGCACAGGUGAAGAUAUUCUAAAUUGUUAGUAUAGUUAUUUAUUGCCAGUCAAUAAGUGAUAGCAAGAAGCUCAGCUUAUAGUGAUCAGACUGUGUACAGGAUGAAAAUAUUGUGCAAUGUAAAUUGAUUUAUUUAGAUUUAAGUGGAAAACAUUAUUUAUUGUACAGCUGAAGUGUCUGCACUCAGCCUCUUUGGCAGCAUCUGUAAUGAGAAAGUGUUAAUGUUUCAGGGUGAUGAAAGGUCAUCAACCUGAAAUGUUAACUAUUUCGCUCUCCAAAGAUAUGGACAGACCUGAGUACUUUAAAUUUUUUUUCAUUUCAGAUUUUCAGCCUUUGCAUUAUUGUAAUUUUACAUUGUUGAAAUGAUGUAGCUGUUAAAAUAUUAUUCGUAUGACUCAAGUC